GCCCUACUCGGCUACUCCUAUCCUAUCAUCAUUCAUGAGAUUCCGAUAAGUGGUCCUUAUAUUCUAUCUUGGGAUAUUCGAUCAGCGGAUAUUGUAGCAAAUUUUGCAUUGCCUCGUGCCUAUCAGUGCUAGACAACUAUUUGGACUUGUGGAAUUUGGAGUUCCAUGAGCAAACAGCUGUCCAAUUCUGGUAAACAUUUGUCACGGCAGUGCCGGAUUCCUCAUCUUCAUCUUCUUUAUCUCCCUUUUCCCUCUUUGGCUGGUUGAUUUGAACUGAACUAUUAUAAUGUCUGUGGCGACUCUCCCUCUAAGUUUAGGUCCUCUUUUCUCUUCUAGUUCUACAUCUAAGACAGACAGCUCAAAGGACACACACCCAUCUCCCCUCUCCCUCUUGCCCAAAUGCAGCUCCCUGAGAGAACUGAGGCAAAUCCAUGCCGCUACAAUAAAAUCCCACCUCCAGCACGACCUCUCCGUCAUCACCAAGCUCAUCAAUUUCUGCACCCUUAAUCCCUCUACAACCAUGGAUUACGCCCAGCACCUCUUCGACCAAAUUCCCGAACCAGAUAUUGUCCUCUUCAAUACCAUGGCUCGUGGGUACGCUAGAACAGGCACAUCCAUUCGAGCCGUGGCCCUUUUCGUUCACAUUCUUAGGUCGGGUCUUCUCCCGGAUGACUACACUUUUCCUUCUCUUCUCAAGGCAUGUGCCAACUCUAAAUCCUUGGAAGAAGGCAAACAAAUCCACUGCCUUGCUAUAAAGCUUGGGUUUUAUCGUAACAUCUAUGUCCAUCCCACUCUUAUUAACAUGUACACGGAGUGCGGCGAUGUGCUUGCAGCUCGCCGAAUCUUUGACAGGAUUCUAAAACCGUGCGUUGUCACCUACAAUGCCAUGAUCACAGGUUAUGUUAGGAAUAGUCGACCAAACGAAGCAUUGUCCUUGUUUAGAGAACUGCAAGCAAGUAAUCUCAAGCCCACGGAUGUAACAAUGCUCAGCAUACUUUUAUCAUGUGCUUUGUUAGGCGCUCUGGAAUUAGGAAAGUGGAUAGAUGACUAUAUCAAAAGGAAUGGGUUCAAUGAAUACGUGAAGGUCAACACCGCCCUUAUUGACAUGUUUGCCAAGUGCGGCAGCUUGGAGGAUGCUGUUUCUGUGUUUGAGAAUAUGCGAUAUAGAGAUACGCAAGCGUGGUCAACAAUGAUCGUGGCUUAUGCUAUUCAUGGGCAUGGUAAUAAAGCCAUAUCCAUGUUUGAGGAGAUGAAAAGCGCAGGAGUUCAACCAGAUGAAGUUACAUUUCUUGGUAUCUUAUACGCGUGUAGUCAUACAGGUUUGGUGGAGGAAGGUUACAAAUAUUUCCGUGCCAUGAAUGGUCUUUAUGGUGUUGCUCCAGGGAUCAAACAUUAUGGUUGUAUGGUGGAUUUGCUAGGCCGAGCUGGACGACUGGAAGAGGCUUACCAGUUCAUUGAGGGUUUGCCAAUCAAGCCCACGCCCAUACUCUGGCGAACAUUGUUAUCUUCCUGUAGCAGCCAUGGCAAUGUAGAGUUGGGCAAGCGCGUGAUCAAGCGUAUUUUCGAAUUAGACGACUCACAUGGUGGGGACUAUGUGAUUUUAUCAAACAUGUGUGCAAGAGCAGGGAGAUGGGAGGAUGUAAAUUAUGUGAGGAAGUUGAUGAAAGACAGGGGAGUCACCAAGGUACCUGGGUGUAGCUCGGUUGAGGUGGACAAUGUGGUGCAUGAAUUCUUCUCAGGGGAUGGGAAACAUCCCGAAUCUAGAGGGUUGUAUAGGGUACUGGAUGAGUUGGUUGAAGAAUUGAAGAUGGUUGGAUAUGUGCCUGAUACCUCUCUGGUGUUUCACGCAGAUAUGACAGAGAAAGAAAAAGAAGCUACUCUUAGAUAUCACAGUGAGAAGUUGGCAAUUGCCUUUGGUCUAAUAAACACUCCCCCGAGAACAACCAUACGAGUGGUGAAGAACCUUCGUGUUUGUGGGGAUUGCCAUUCUGCUGCAAAAUUUAUAUCCAUGAUCUUCAAUAGAGAAAUAAUUCUCCGAGACCUCCACCGCUUCCAUCAUUUUAAGCAAGGAAAGUGCUCUUGUGGGGAUUUUUGGUAAUAUAAAAUUUCAUUAUAGAAUGUACAUUCUGUUGUUGAUAUAAUACCUACAGCUACAGUUUGUGUGAUUUUUUCUGUAAGCAAGGGCAUUACCAUGGUCCAUGGCAAAUUAUUAUGGAUAUUACAAUUGCA